CUCGAAAGCACAACCAAAAUCCCAUUGUGGAAGAAAUAUGAGGAAAUCUAGGCCCUCUCUCAUGGCCUAUCUUUUGGCAACCAUUUUGGUGGCGACUCUAAGUUUGCCAUCCGUACUUGCUGCUGAGUAUGUCUAUUCUUCUCCUCCACCUCCUUAUUAUGUAUACAAAUCACCUCCUCCUCCUGUCUAUUCCUCUCCUCCGCCACCAAAAGUGAAGUAUGAGUACAAAUCACCACCACCUCCGGUUUACCACUCUCCUCCACCACCUAUUUAUCACUCUCCACCACCUCCAGUUUACCAUUCUCCUCCACCACCUGUUUACUCUCCACCACCUCCAGUUUAUAAAUCUCCACCCCCACCAGUUUACCAUUCUCCUCCACCACCAGUUUACAAAUCUCCACCCCCUCCAGUUUACUAUUCUCCUCCACCACCUGUUUACCACUCUCCACCACCUCCCGUUUAUAAAUCUCCACCCCCACCAGUUUACCAUUCUCCUCCACCACCAGUUUACAAAUCUCCACCCCCACCAGUUUACCAUUCUCCUCCACCACCUGUUUACCACUCUCCACCACCACCUGUUUAUAAAUCUCCACCCCCUCCAGUUUACCAUUCUCCUCCACCACCUGUUUACCACUCUCCACCACCACCAGUUUAUAAAUCUCCACCGCCUCCAGUCUACCAUUCUCCUCCACCACCUGUUUACCACUCUCCACCACCUCCAGUUUAUAAAUCUCCACCCCCUCCAGUUUACCAUUCUCCUCCACCACCUGUUUACCACUCUCCACCACCUCCAGUUUAUAAAUCUCCACCGCCUCCAGUCUACCAUUCUCCUCCACCACCUGUUUACCACUCUCCACCACCACCAGUUUAUAAAUCUCCACCCCCUCCAGUUUAUUAUUCGCCUCCCCCACCAAAAAAGUACGAGUAUAAAUCACCACCUCCUCCAGUUUAUUACUCUCCUCCUCCAAUUUAUCACUCUCCCCCACCACCAGUUUACAAAUCACCACCUCCUCCUAAAAAAGACUACGAGUACAAGUCUCCUCCACCACCAAAGAAAAACUACGAACACAAGUCUCCACCACCUCCCAAGAAGGACUAUGAGUACAAGUCCCCACCCCCACCCAAGAAGGAUUAUGAGUACAAGUCCCCACCCCCACCCAAAAAGGACAAUGCGUACAAAUCUCCCCCACCACCAAAGAAGGACUACGAGUACAAGUCUCCACCGCCUCCCAAGAAAGAUUACGAGUACAAGUCUCCAUCACCACCAAAGAAGGACUAUGAGUACAAGUCUCCACCGCCUCCUAAGAAGGACCACAAGUACAAAUCUCCGCCCCCUCCCAAGAAGGACUACGAGUACAAGUCUCCUCCACCCCCCAAGAAGGACUACGAGUACAAGUCUCCCCCACCACCCAAGAAGAACUAUGAAUACAAGUCCCCUCCACCUCCCAAGAAGGAUUACAUUUAUUCCUCACCUCCACCACCUCCUUACCACUACUAGAUCAAUAUGCAUUAUAUAUUAUUACUCCAAGGAAAAAGAAAAAGAAAAUACUCAUACAAUAAAGAGAUGGCCAAACGAUGAUCGUCAAUGUGCUCAAACCAUGGCCUUCCAUUAUAAAUUAUAUAUGUCUUGUUGAUCCAUAUUUUUCUUUCCACAAUUUAGUUCUACAUAAUGUUUGUAUUCAUAUUUUACAGAAAUUAUGAGAAUAUUUCAUUUUCUUUUCCAAAA